GUGAACCAGUGGAUAAAGAUAGAUACUGUUUACUCUCUCUUCUUUCCCAUCCGACUCUCUUUCUCUCUCUUCGAGACCUAUCGCGAUCUAAAUAAUUACGAAAUAAAAAGGUUUAUUAUUUUUUUAUUUUUAACGCGGCUAAUUUUCGCUUUCGAUUUCUUCCGAUUUAUUCGAUUACGAGAUCGAGAUCAGGGGAGUUUGAUCAUCGAUUUCCAUUUCAAAGGCGGUCUAUUCUUUGAGUAGACCAUGUCCCACCACCAAGGAGAUGAUGCUGAUUACAUGGCUGAUGAAUAUGAAAUGGAAGACGUGGACGAUGACAUGGAUGAUGAGUUUCGUGGUAGAGAUAUCGGUGGCUCUGACUCUGAUGUCGAUGAAUAUGACUACAUGAACAACAGAAUGCAAGAUACUUCUGCUGCUCAAGCUAGGAGGGGAAAAGACAUCCAAGGCAUUCCUUGGGAAAGGCUCAGCAUAACCAGGGAGAAAUACAGGCAGACUAGAUUAGAACAGUACAAAAAUUAUGAAAACAUCCCUCAAUCUGGAGAAGGAUCAGAAAAGGAGUGCAAAAGCACCGACAAAGGCGCUACCUUUUACGAGUUCAGACGGAAUUCUAGAUCCGUGAAAUCGACGAUUCUCCAUUUCCAGUUGAGGAAUUUGGUAUGGGCUACAUCAAAGCAUGAUGUCUACUUUAUGUCACAUUUCUCUGUCAUUCAUUGGUCUACCUUGACCUGCAACAAGUCUGAAGUUCUCAACGUUUCAGGACAUGUGGCACCAUGUGAGAAACAUCCUGGAAGCCUGCUGGAAGGGUUUACACAGACUCAAGUAAGUACACUAGCUGUGAAAGACAACCUGUUAGUUGCUGGAGGUUUUCAGGGAGAACUGAUUUGCAAGUUCUUGGACAGGCCUGGAGUUAGCUUCUGUUCACGGACAACUUAUGAUGAUAAUGCCAUCACUAAUGCUGUUGACAUAUAUACUACCCCGAGUGGUGCAGUCCAUUUUACAGCUUCAAAUAAUGAUUGUGGAGUUAGGGACUUCGAUAUGGAAAAGUUUCAGCUGUCUAAGCAUUUUCGUUUUGAUUGGCCAGUGAAUCACACAUCCCUGAGCCCUGAUGGUAAACUUCUUAUAAUUGUUGGAGACCAUCCAGAAGGUAUAUUGGUGGAUUCUAGAAGUGGAAAGGCAGUAGCAAAUUUAUGCGGGCAUCUGGAUUACUCAUUUGCAUCAUCAUGGCAUCCUGAUGGCAUCACUUUCGCUACUGGAAACCAGGACAAAACUUGUCGUAUUUGGGACAUGCGUUAUCUAUCCAAAUGUGUCAGUGCUUUGAAGGGCAAUCUUGGAGCCAUUCGGUCCAUCCGCUAUUCAUCUGAUGGUAGAUUCAUGGCAAUGGCAGAGCCUGCUGAUUUUGUCCAUGUUUUUGAUGUCAAAAGCGGGUAUGAAAAGGAACAGGAAAUUGACUUCUUUGGGGAGAUAUCUGGGAUGUCUUUCAGUCCUGAUACGGAGUCUCUUUUUGUUGGAGUCUGGGACCGGACAUACGGUAGCCUUCUGGAGUUUGGGCGACGGCGGAAUUAUUCAUACCUUGAUACAAUAAUCUGAGUUGGUUAUGCACUCUUCGAUCAUGCGCUUCAGCUUGGAUUUGGUUUCGCUUGAUGUGGCACAACUGUGUAAACCUUUAGGUUAGUUUGCUGUAUUAGUGGGUCUAGGUGUAAAUUUGUUAUGUUGUGCUAGUAGACUAUUGAUGGUGACGCACCAUUUCAGCCUCAUAAAUUCUAUUGGAGGGGAUGUACAGAAGGCUAACCAACCCUAGUUGUGUCAUGUGUGAAGAAGAAAGCACGUAGUGCUAGGGUUUUCUCGGACUAGGGUCAGGCUUGGAAUGUGUCAUGAAGGUCUAUCAUGUUUCUUUUCCGUGGAACUGUUAGCUUAUCUCAGCCAAGUUAUUCUGUCUCGGAACAUUUGAUCCGUCUUAUUUACGUGGUGCAAUUGAUGUAUGUUUGAACGGACGAGGUUCAACGUGAAACCUAAUCCAUUGGUUGCUGCAAUUCCUGUUUC